AUGGACCACCUGUAUAUUUUUAAUAAAGAUAAAACCAUAGUAUCCUUUUAUUCCAGCGAUAAAGAAUGGACAAUAAAAUUAGGACCAAAUGACUAUUAUGCAGCACCUGUCUUUAUGAGGGGUUGCUUUUAUUUUAGGGGUGGAAUAAAUAUAGAUAGAUUUGCAGAUGCAUUAGCUGAAUCAUUUAAAGAUUUUGAUAUGUUGUUGGGAACAUUAAGUAUGAGCAAAGAAGGGGAUAUUUUUGUAAACUAUGAAAAUAAUAAAUUAAAUCAAGUUUUAGAAAUCGAAGAUAGAACUACGGAAUCCUCAAUUAACAAUAAUCAAAAUGUAAUCGAUCAUCUACCAAAUAAAAUAAUUACUGCAGAACAACAAUCUGGUGCUGCCAUUGAUCUAAGUGGAAUGAAAAUGUCAGCUUUUAAAAUAAAAGUGUUUAAUGAUGGCUUUUUUAUUGGGUACAACAUUAACCAUUCAAUGUUAGAUUUAACUGGAGUUGCAUAUUAUUUUAAAUACCUAUCGCAGAUUUAUACUUUGGGCAACAGGGAAAAAAUUAAUUUAAAGAAACCACAAUAUUUAGGAACUUUUAAAACAAACAACAUCCAAUUCAAAGAUAAAGACGAGGCAGAUCAAUAUGCAAAUAAAAUGGGCUUUUAUUUCAUUCCACCAAAUAACAAUAGCAAUAAUAUGUUUUCACAAAACAAUAUACUAAAGAUAGAGUUUAAUACCACCAAAUUAGAUAUACUAAAGAGCACAUCAGACCUAUCAUUAUCAAAGAACGAUGUUAUUACCGCUGCCAUUUGCAAAGUAUUUACUUUUACAUCCAAUUUAAAAGAUGAUGAUAUAUUUACUUUAAAAUAUAUGUGCAACAUAAGAAAACUCGCAGGCUUGGGUGAAGAGGCAUUGGGUAAUCUUUAUAUAUACAAAGGAAUUCCGUUGAAGGUAUCAGAUAUAAGGAAGAAGUCUCUAGUUGAACUUGCAGGAAUCAAUCGUAAAAGUGUAUCAGAAAUUACAUAUGAACAAUUCAAGAAUGAUUUAUGUUGGUUCAAAUAUAUACAGGAUGAAAAGAUAGAUACCUUUGGAUAUUUUAUACCAUCAAUAAAAUAUACACUUCUUUCAAAUUGGAACCAAUAUGACUAUGAUCAAAUCAAGUUCGACAAUGCUACACCUCACUCGCUUGCACCUGUUUGUAUUGCUGAUGCGGGAACCAAUUUCAUAUCAUUCAACACCAACGAAAACAAUGAAAAAACUAUCAUCACUACCGUUUCAAUUCCACCUAAUAGUAUCAAAGAAAUAGUUGAGUUUGGUGUUAAUACAAGUCUAUAUAGAGUUAUUAACUAA